UCGUGCAUGUCGAAGUCAAUCUCCAAACUCCAAAGGCACCUUAGGCAGCACACAAAACAAGGCAAAUAAAAUGCACUAUAAACUAUAAACAAAGAUGAAUCGGUUGCAUGCACAAGUACAUUCAUAAGUGAAAGCAUCCUUCAAACACAGAAUUAGAUCUGCCAAUAUGGAAGUCAAUUCAUCCAUGGUGUUUAUCAUAAUAAGCUUCCUUAUCUCUUUGCUAUUGCUACGGCAUGCAAAGAAGGGUAAGAGUGUCCAUAAAGUACCACCUGGGCCAUGGAAACUACCUCUCAUAGGGAACCUUCAUCAACUUGCAGGCUCGUCACUUCCACACCAUGCUCUCAGAAAACUGGCAAACAAACACGGUCCACUCAUGCACCUUCAACUGGGUCAGAUUUCUGCAGUGAUUGUCUCAUCCCCCAACAUGGCCAGAGAAAUCAUGAAGACUCAUGAUCUUGCUUUUGCAGACAGGCCUGAGUUCCUUCCUUCCAAGAUCUUAGUCUAUGGAUCAGCUGACAUUACAUUCUCUCCCUAUGGUGAAUACUGGAGAAAGAUGAGGAAGAUAUGCACACUUGAGCUUCUAAGUUCUAAGAAGGUUCAGUCUUUCUCCUUUAUCCGAGAAGAGGAGGUAGCUAACAUGGUAGAAACGAUUCGCAAAUCCACUGGUGCAACUAUCAAUCUCAGUAAAAUGAUUAACAAUCACAUGAGCACUGUGGUUUCUAGAGCUAUGUUUGGCAAUAUAUCUGAAGACCAUGAACAGUUUGUGUCCUUUGUGAAAGAGGCAAUAGCAGUAGCCGAUGGAUUUGACAUUGCAGAUUUGUUUCCAUCCUUGAAACCACUGCAUUUCAUCACUGGUUUUGAAGCCAAACUGAAGAAGAUGCAUGUCAAAAUCGACAAGAUCUUAGAGAAAAUCAUAAAGGAGAAUGAAUCAAGGAAGUUGGAAGAUAGACACCAAGAGCAAGAAGAAAAGAACGAGAAUCUUGUUGAAGUUCUUUUAAGAGUCCUUCACAAUGGCACCCUUAGCAUCCUUACAAAGAACAAUGUCAAAGCAGUCAUUUGGGACAUAUUUGCUGGUGGAACAGACACUUCAGGAGUAGUGAUAGAGUGGGUUAUGUCGGAAUUGAUGAGAAGCCCCAGAGCUAUGAAGAAGGCACAGGCUGAGAUUCAACAAGCUUUGAAAGAAAAGCAAACAAUCCGGGAGGAAGAUGUAACAAAACUUCCCUACUUGAAGGCUGUGAUCAGCGAAACAAUGAGGUUACACCCACCUGUUCCUCUGUUGCUUCCAAGACAAUCCAGAGAAGAGUGCACCAUCCAUGGAUAUCAUAUACCGAUCAAGACUAAAGUGAUGGUAAAUGCGUACGCGCUCGGAAGAGAUCCGGAUUAUUGGUACGAUGCAGAAACCUUCCUGCCAGAAAGAUUUCAGGAAAGUCCUAUGGAUUUCAAAGGGACAAACUUUGAGUACAUCCCCUUUGGAGCAGGAAGGAGAAUUUGUCCAGGACUUAACUUUGGUUUAGCUAAUGUGGAGUUUGCUCUAGCUAUGCUACUCUACCACUUCAACUGGGAGCUUCCUGAUGGAAUUAAGCCAGAGGAUUUGGAUAUGAAUGAGGCACAAGGAGCUGUGGUUGGAAGGAAAAAUCACCUUUACUUGAUUCCCACACCUUACCAUUAUUAGAUUCAUCAUAGUGCCAAAUAAAUAAUAUCAUGAGUGUUCUUCAUUUGCUAUGCUAUGUAUUGCCGGUAUAAAAUAAAUCUAACAUCAUCACUUUAGCGUUUGAGCAUAAGGUCUUAAAAAGAUUUAACGAUCGAAUAAAAGCUAUUGCUGGCAUUGAUUACAGAGAAUAAGGAACAAUUACAUUGGAAGAGAUCAUAUUGACAUCAUAACUCAAGCAUUACUACAUACUUAAAAUGAGCAUUGUAAUGAAUUUGAAACAGAGUGGGGAAAAGAGUAGGGUAGUUCCUAAGCCUACUAACCUGC